GACCGGUACUUCAUCAACACCAUUCUUGGUCGGCUCAGCUGGAUCAGACAAGCGCACCGGCUAUUGUAUUUGGGGCGCCGCCGCUAUCCUUCCUCUUCUUCCCCCACCGCACACGCUCUACUUGAUAAUUUCACCAGGCAUCCAUAUACCAAAGCCUCCUGGUGGUGAGAUGGAAAGCAUGGUUCGGAAGAAUGCUAAUGGGCAUAGAAUAGUGCUGUUCCCGGCUCCAUUCCAGGGCCAUAUCAACCCAAUGUUCCACCUGGCCUCCCUCCUCCAUUCAAGGGGCUUCUCCAUCACCAUCCUCCACACCAACUUCAACUCUCCCGACCCCACCAACUAUCCCAACUACCACUUCGUGUCCGUCCCCAGUGGACUCACCACCUCUACCGAUGACGUCGUUGCCAUGAUCCUCUCUCUCAAUGCCAACUGCGAGGGCCCGUUCCGCGAUCAGAUGUCUCGGAUGCGCUUGGAACGCGGUGGAGAGCCAAUCGCUUGCGUGGUUGUAGACGCGCUCUUGUACUCAGGACAAGCUGUGGCCAAGCAGCUCGGGCUGCCGACACUGGUACUGAGGACCGGCAGCGCAGCAUCUUUCAACAUGUUCAUCGCAUUUCCCCUGCUGUGGAAAAGAGGGUACUUGCCAAUUCAAGAUUCUCGGCUGGAAGUCCCGGUAAAUGAGCUUCCGCCCCUUCGGGUGAGAGACUUGCUGCGCGUGGAGCAAAGCAAUCCGGAAAAGUUGCGCCAAUUGAUCGACCUCGUUGUGAAGGAAACAAGGACGUCAUCGGCAAUCAUAUUUAACACUUUUCUCGCCAUCGAAGGAAAUGAGCUAGAAAAAGUCAGGGAAGAGCUCUCUGUGCCCAUUUUCCCCAUAGGUCCUCUCCACAAGUUGUCCCCAAGAACCGAGGGUAGCUUGAUGGACCAAGACCAUAGUUGCCUGGAUUGGUUAGAUAAACAAGAUCCACGGUCCGUUUUGUACGUGAGCUUUGGAAGCUUAGCCUCCAUGGACACCAAGGAGCUUGCGGAGACGGCUUGGGCCUUGGCCAAUUGUCAGCAGCCUUUCCUUUGGGUUCUUCGACCGGGUUCGAUUCGUGGUUCUGCGCGAAUCGUGCUGCCCCAGGGGUUGCCCCAGGGGUUCGAGGAAGAGACUCGAGGGAGAGGCAAGAUAGUGAAGUGGGCACCACAGCAGCAAGUGCUGGCCCACCCUGCCGUGGCCGCCUUCUGGACGCAUAAUGGCUGGAACUCCACCGUAGAGAGCAUAAGCGAAGGGAUCCCUAUGCUCUGCAAGCCCUACUUCUCGGACCAAAUGGGAAAUGCGAGGUAUGUGAGCGAGGUAUGGAAGGUGGGCAUACAGCUGGAGAAUGGGCUGGAGAGAGGGGAGCUUGAGAGCGCGAUCAAAAGACUGAUGACCGAGAAAGAAGGGGACGAGAUGAAACGAAGAGCGCGAGAUCUCAAGGAAAAAGCAGCGCAAUGCGUUGCAAAAGAAGGAUCGUCUCAUGUGGCUCUUGACAAGCUGGUGGAUUACGUCUUGUCAUUCUAAAUUACAAUGCUUCAUUUGAUGCGGUGUUUGUGACCGGUUAUCAGAUGUCGUCAUCACUAAAACUGAAAUGGAUGCUCUCAUGGAAGUAUAUAUGAAACUGAAUGCUUCUUUUUUUUUUUGCUUCU